AUGUUCACCGACCAGGAGCGUCUCCAGCGCAAGCGAGAAAUGGCCCGUCUACGGCAGGCCCGCAAGAGAGCGCGCGACCGGGAGCGCCAGAGCUUGAGUCGCGACUCGCUGGGCUCCGGGAUGGACCUGGACUCGGGCGACAUAGGAGCAGUAGGAGUAAGAGGAGGAGGAAGAAGCGACUCGGGAGAGCAUAGCCUCAACCAGGACGGGGGAACGGAUGACGAGCUCAACGACGACGAGGAACCAGUGUUCAAAGUUCUGGAGAUUGCAGGGUCAGAACGGCAUGUCCGACAGAACGGUUCCUCAUCGGCUGGAGGAGGAGGGGGGGGAGGGACAGGAGGAGGGACAGGAGGAACUGACACUGAGGCCGUCUUGAGAAGUCGUGGGGAACCGAGGGGAAAGGGUGUUGUUGAGGUUGCACUACAACUGCCGCCGGUCGUUGUUCCCGGGAUUGCACCGAUGCAGCUACAUCCGGUCCAUCACCAUGAGAUGCAGGGCAUCGCAGCAUCAUCGGGAACGGAGACACCGGCUACACAAACAGCUGUCGGCAGUAUGGAUCCGCAUGACAGAAUGCCGGUUGUCGUUUACAGCGACCAGCCAAGAAGAAUAUCGGGCAAUGUCGUGGUUGCAAUGGAAGAGGAAGAUGGUGAUGAAGAGAGUGGUGAUAACCACGCCCUAUUCUGGCCAUGGCUUCGUCGAACAGUUCGGUUGAUCGAGUCCUCACGUAACAACCGCAAGCUGCAGGAAGAUAUUUACACUGUUCUUUAUACAGAAGAAAUGGCGCAAAUGUUGGAGCGAGAAGCACAUAGGCUGACAAACCAACAACCCGAGCUGUUGAAAGAAAAGGUCUCAUCAACACCAGAACUGGGUGGUAAAAAUAUUGCUCCGCUGGGUCUUUCGGAAGAGGGAGACAAGGAAUCUGGCGAUGAAAUGGUCGAUGAACUAUUAGGCCACCUAGAAAGAAGAAUCCAAGCAAUCAAGAAACAAAAAGGGCUGAAGGCAGAAGUCCAGAACUUAAAGAGGGAUUUGCUCAACAAGGAAGCCCAGCUGAAAGAAUACGAUGCCAUCGUGGACUCUGAACGGGCGGCCUGGCGGGCAGAACGAGCCCAGCUUUCAGUAAGAAAGUGA